ACUCACACCGAGUGGGUCGAUCGGGAUUCCCAUAUCAACUACCAGAAGCUGGAGGGAGUACAACUCAAGUCUCGACGAAGGUCUGAACCAGACACCAGAUCUGCUGCUCCACUUUGAUCGGCGGACCCGCGUGUGUGCGGCCCGCGGUACAGAGCCAAACGGUUCUCGGUGCGUAAUUACGCACGGAGACAACGGAUCCGCUGUGUUUGUCGGUGUGGAAACAAAGGAAGGGAGGCUGCUGGAGUACAACAACUGACUCGGGAGGAGUGGAGGGAGGAACGGGAGGAUCUGGAAUCGGAAGUGAUUUGUCUUCAGAAGUAACUUGAAUCCCGGAUUUCGGGGAAAAAAAUUGCACCAGUUUGGAUACUGAGGAGAGCAGAGAGUUACUGAUUGUAAUCAGCUCUAAAAACAGACACCAGCCAGAUCAUCGGAGCAUGGGAGGAGACGUCUGCGAGCUGUAAAAUGUACCCGCUACACAGAGAGAGGGAGCAGCCCAUCUUCAGCGCCAGAGCUCAUGUCUUCCAGAUCGACCCAGCAACCAAACGCAACUGGUUGCCAGCCAGCAAAAACGCUGUUACUGUGUCCUUCUUCUACGAUGCCAACCGCAAUGUCUACCGCGUCAUUAGUGCUGGCGGUACUAAGGUUCAGGCCAUCAUCAACAGCACCAUCACCCCCAACAUGACCUUCACAAAAACCUCUCAUAAGUUUGGCCAGUGGGCCGACAGUCGGGCCAACACUGUUUACGGUCUGGGAUUCUCCACAGAGCAGCAGCUGCAGCAGUUUGCAGAUCAGUUUAAGGAGGUGAAGGAGGCGGCACGUUUGGCCAGGGAGAAAUCCCAGGAGAGGUUCGAACUGUCCAACCCUGGGCUCAGCAUCGCUGCCCCACAGCUUUCUCAGGAGUUGUCAGAUGAACAUCAUUCUCCACCAUUGCUGACUGUCAACGGGCCAGGCGAGGAAAAGCUGUUUCGUAGUAAGAGUGCCGAAGUGGUGCUGACGGCAGAGAAGGAGCGGGUUAAGAAGAUGCUGUCUGAGGGGUCGGUAUGUGAGAUGAACCUGGAGGCGGAGCUCUUCACCCUGCAGGACAGUAAUGCCAAGCUGGUGGCAGCACUGCAGGAAGCCAACAGCAGCGUGGAGCAGUGGAAGAAACAGCUAGCUGAGUACCAGACUGAAACCACCCGCCUCCAAGACCAGGUAUCAGAGCUGGAGGCUCAGCUUGGACACCCUGCUGCAGGUCAGACCGGUAAAGAAGAGCUGAGCCGCUCACUGGAGGAACUGGAAACCCUGCUGAGAGCCAAAGACCAGGAAAUUCACAGUCUGCAGAGCAGGAAACCUGAUGUUGGUCAGCUGGAGAAGGAGAGGGAGGAGGCCAUGCAGAGACUGCAGGAGCUGGAGAGACGAAACUCUGAACUGGAGGAUCGGGUUCAGAAUGCUGAAAAAACGCUGGCCUCCAGCCAGGACGAGCAGAAACAAGCGGAGGUUGAGGUCCAGCGUAUAAUCAAGUUUCUUGAUGUCAAAAUCUGCGACCUGAGUGAGCUGAGACAAAGUCUGGGGAAGCUUAUUGACAAAUAGACACUGCAGCUCCAUGGCUGAGUCGCAGCACUCAAGAGACGGUUUCAACCAUGUGGCCUGGAUUUUCCUUUGAUAGAUCAAACAGAAAUGUCACAUGGAGGCCAACAAGUUGGAAUUGGUAUCAUGGGUCUGUUUUUAAAAUCAGUGUAGGUAAACAUCCACCACAAAGAGCCUCUCUGAGGUGCUAUGUGCAGAAUGAAGCGUCAGUUUCUCAUUUAGUUGAUUGUGAUCAUGAACAGUAUUGUGACACACAGAGCUGAUUUUCCAC